AGUUGACUCCUCCCUUAAGAUCCGCAAUGUAAUCGAAUCUUCUUUUAGCAUAUACUGAUGCUCUCCUGUAUUUCUUAGAUAAUAAUUAUCAAAUCCCAUUCGAUUUUAAAUGAUCGAUCACCCGCUCCUGAUAUCCACACCUUCAACUUUUUACAACCUUUUUGCACACUUGAGUUUGUACAGGCCCUUGGCAAGAUGAGGGAUUUCAGGUUGAUCUUGGCUGUUCUGUUAGUUCUUGCAAUAUGUCAAGAGGCCAGGUCAAAUGGGGAACAGCCUCUAUCUCGAAUUGCUAUUCAUAUGGCAAAAUCUGCUCUAGAUGACCGCGCUUAUAUUAAAGCCUACCCUACAGUUCUUGGAUUGAAGGGUCAAAAUACAGAAUGGGUGACAGUGAAGUAUAGCUUUCCGAACCCAUCAGUUGAUGAUUGGAUUGGAGUAUUUUCUCCUGCCAAUUUCAGUGCUUCCAUCUGCCAAGCAGAGAAUCCAAGAGUUAAUGCUCCUUUACUGUGUUCUGCACCUAUAAAGUAUCAGUACGCGAAUUACAGUACUCCUGACUAUAAAGAUACCGGAAAAGGAUUCUUGAAGCUUCGGCUGAUUAACCAGAGAUCAGAUUUCUCUUUUGCAUUAUUCUCUGGUGGCUUGUUGAAUCCUAAGUUGGUGGCAUUAUCAAACAAAGUAGCCUUCAAAAAUCCAAAUGCACCAGUCUACCCACGCUUAGCCCAAGGAAAAGAAUGGAACGAAAUGACUGUAACAUGGACAAGUGGAUAUGAUAUUGAUGAAGCAGAACCAUUUGUUGAGUGGGGUCCUGAGGGAGGAGAUCGUCAACACACUCCAGCUGGUACUCUGACUUUUGAUCAUAAAAGCAUGUGUGGUGCACCCGCAAGGACUGUGGGAUGGCGUGAUCCUGGAUAUAUACACACAAGCUUUUUGAAGGAGUUGUGGCCCAAUCAGAUUUACACCUACAAACUGGGGCAUAAAUUGUUCAAUGGUUCUCACAUUUGGAGUGAAGAAUACCAGUUUAGAGCAUCUCCAUAUCCUGGCCAAAACUCUUUGCAGCGUGUUGUUAUUUUUGGUGACAUGGGAAAGGCUGAAGAAGAUGGUUCUAAUGAAUACAACAAUUUUCAACACGCUUCUCUUAACACUACUAAGCAACUCAUUCAAGAUCUAAAGAACAUAGAUAUAGUCUUCCACAUUGGAGAUUUGUCUUAUGCAAAUGGUUAUCUUUCACAAUGGGACCAAUUUACUGCACAGAUUGAGCCAAUUGCUUCAAGUGUGCCUUACAUGAUCGCAAGUGGCAACCAUGAGCGCGACUGGCCAGGAACAGGAUCUUUCUAUGAAAACAUGGAUUCUGGGGGAGAAUGUGGUGUGUUGGCUGAGACAAUGUUCUAUGUUCCUGCCAAAAACAGAGCUAACUUCUGGUACUCCACUGACUAUGGCAUGUUUCGCUUCUGCAUAGCUGACACCGAACAUGACUGGAGAGAAGGAUCAGAGCAAUACAAGUUCAUUGAACACUGCCUGGCGUCAGUUGAUAGACAAAAGCAGCCAUGGCUGAUCUUUCUUGCGCAUAGGGUUCUAGGUUAUUCUUCUGGUGACCUUUAUGCAGUGGAGGGAUCAUUUGCAGAGCCAAUGGGAAGGGAGAGCCUUCAAAAACUGUGGCAGAAAUACAAGGUCGACAUUGCCAUCUAUGGCCAUGUGCACAAUUAUGAAAGGACAUGUCCCAUAUACCAGAACAUUUGCACCAGUAAAGAAAAGAACUAUUACAAGAGCUCGCUAAAUGGGACUAUACAUGUGGUUGCUGGUGGUGGCGGUGCUAGCCUUGCAGAAUUUACAACCCUGCAAACCACUUGGAGUUUAUUUAGGGACUAUGAUUAUGGGUAUGUAAAACUGACUGCAUUCGACCAUUCAAAUCUGUUGUUCGAGUACAAGAAGAGCAGGGAUGGAAAGGUGUAUGAUUCUUUCAGAAUAUCAAGAGAUUACAGGGACAUCCUAGCCUGCUCUGUGGAUAGUUGCCCAAGUACAACACUUGCAUCCUAAUUGAUGUGUACAAAGAAAAAUUAUUGUUAAAAAUCACUUUUUUUAUGAAUAAAAAUAUUUAUCUUGUAGCAUGUUUUGUUAUUUGUUUAGUGAUGUUUUGUACUCUUUCUUUUUCUUAACAUCAUAAUUCCUAAGUUUAUGAGACAAUUAUCAAAUUCUACAA